AUGGGCGACAAAUUGGAAAUCAAGGAAAGUGAUUUGAAAGAUUAUUUCAAUCUCGCUAAUAAAGAAGGUAAACUUGACAUCUCGACAUUUAAACACAUUUUGAAACAACUCGGACUUCCGGAAGAAGGGACAGUUACACAAACAAUCGAGGAAAUUCAAAGCGAUGGUUUUAUUACUUCUGAUAAAUUGAAAGCUUUUCUGGAAACUAUCGCCGAGAAACAUGGUAACUUGCGAAAACUUUUCGAUUGGAUUGAUGCCGAUAAAAAUGGUUACCUUGAUCGGUACGAGAUUAAAAUGGCCUUUGCGAUGUCCAACAAGCCUUUUACCGCGGAAGAUGUUGAAAGAUUGAUGACUGAAUGUGACACUGAUCGAGAUGGAAGAAUUAGUUUCAUAGAAUUCAGACAAAGUCGAAUGUCCAGUUUAUUCAGCGACGUUUGUUAAAAAUGUCCAACAUAAUAAUCAACAUAAUAACAACAAAAACAACAACAACAAUCAGUUAAUUAUGAUUACCAAUCAAUGGAUAAGUUUUUUGAUGGAACAAAAAAUAUUGUCGACUUAUUUGCCGUCGAACUUUUCAAAUUUAAAAUUUUCUUUCUUUUGUUUCCGUUUCCUGAUCAAUACAAAUCAAUUUUCUCUUUACGAUUAUAACUUUAAUUGCAGACUAGACUCACUUGUACCAUCAAUUAUGAAAAGGAACAAACUUGAAACAAUUUAAAUAAAACAUUUUACUAAAUUAAAAUAAAUAAA